GAGGAGUAUAUAGAGGAACACAGGGGUCUGUACAAGGACGUGAUGAUGGAGAAUCACCGGCCCCUCACAUCACUGGAUGGGCCCAGUAACAGAGAUACCCCAGAGAGAUGUCCCCGUCCUCUGUAUUCCCAGGACUGUACAGAGGAGAAUCACAGGAUCCCACAGGAGGAUCAGGAAGAAAGUCUGUCUGAUAUUAAAACAGAAGAUAUAGAGGGAGAACAAGAGACGUAUGUGACAGAUAUAACGACAGAAGAUAUAGAGGGAGCAGAAGAGACGUAUGUGACUGAUAUGAAGCCAGAAGAUAUAGAGGGAGAAGAAGAGACGUAUGUGACUGAUAUGAAGGCAGAAGAUACAGAGGGAGAAGAAGAGACGUAUGUGACUGAUAUGAAGGCAGAAGAUAUAGAGGGAGAAGAAGAGACGUAUGUGACUAAUAUGAAGGCAGAAGAUACAGAGGAAGAAGAAGAGACGUAUGUGGCUGAUAUGAAGGCAGAAGAUAUAGAGAGAGAAGAAGAGACGUAUGUGACUGAUAUGAAGGCAGAAGAUAUAGAGGGAGAAGAAGAGACGUAUGUGACUGAUAUGAAGGCAGAAGAUAUAGAGGGAGAAGAAGAGACGUAUGUGACUGAUAUGAAGGCAGAAGAUACAGAGAGAGAAGAAGAGACGUAUGUGACUGAUAUGAAGGCAGAAGAUACAGAGGGAGAAGAAGAGACAUAUGUGACUGAUAUGAAGGCAGAAGAUAUAGAGGGAGAAGAAGAGACGUAUGUGACUGAUAUAAAGGCAGAAGAUACAGAGGGAGAAGAAGAGACGUAUGUGACUGAUAUGAAGGCAGAAGAUAUAGAGGGAGAAGAAGAGACGUAUGUGACUGAUAUGAAGGCAGAAGAUAUAGAGGGAGAAGAAGAGACGUAUGUGACUGAUAUGAUGGCAGAAGAUAUAGAGGGAGAAGAAGAGACGUAUGUGAGGGGUGAUCAGCAGUGUAAGGAGGAGGAAAUCCCUACAGAUAUCAGGACAGAUUUCGCAAUUACACCCAAUCAAAUAAAUAGAUUUCGCAAUUACACCCAAUCAAAUAAAUAGAUCACAACAGAAAAAUGAGGCGGACUGAAAUUGACGAAAAGACUGACGAAAAGCACUGUUGUCGAAUCGACAUUCUUCAAUUGAAUAUACUUUUGACGAAAAGCCGCAUUUUGACCAUUGCAGACAUGCAAAUUGAAAAAAUGUCGAACUGCAAAAAGUCGAAAAUUAAACGGCAGGUUUUUUGACGAAAAGUACUGUAUUGCAUUGUCGAUUCCAAUUCGACAUGUUUUUUUUGUCGAAAAUGCCCCAUUUUUCGACAUUUUCGGCAAUUCGACCGCAAUUGCAUAUACCCCUUAGUAUGAAGGUGCUAUUUUUGGUCUUGCCCCCACAGUGCAUUACCUUACACUUGUCUGUGUUGAACCUCAUUCUCCAUUUUGCUGCCCAUGCUUCCAGUUUAGUACAGUUGUUCUGAAGAGACUCAGCAUCCCCAUCCGUGUUUAUAACCUUACACAAUUUGGUAUCAUCUGUGAAAAUUGAUACCAUGCUCUCUAGACCUACUGUUAGGUCGUUGAUGAAAAUGUUGAAGAAAAGUGGUCCAAGUACAGACCCUUGUGGCACACCACUUAGUACUUUAGUCCAAUUUGAAAAUGAUCCAUUGACCACAAUGUGCUGCUCCCUAUUAUCUAACCAAUUACUGACCCAAGUGCAUAUUGUACUCCCUAGCCCCAUUUCUUGUAGCUUAUAGAUAAGACGCAUGUGUGGUACAGUGUCGAAAGCUUUGACAAAGUCUAAAUAGAUUAUAUCCACCUCCUUACCCUGAUCCAGGUUCGCACUUACUGUUUCAUAUAAGCCAAGUAAGUUGGUCUGAUGUGAUCUGUCCUUCACAAAUCCAUGUUGGUUCCUUUUAAUGACCGUCUAUGCUUCAAGGAACUUUUGAAUACUGUCCCUUAGAAUACCUUCCAAUACUUUCCCCACUAUAGAUGUAAGACUAACUGGUCUAUAAUUACCUGGUUCAGCUUUGCUCCCAUUUUUGAAUAUCGGCACUACCUCCACUAUACGCCACUCUUUGGGAAUCAUACCCGACUUAACCGAAUCCACAAAGAUCAAAAAUAGAGGUCUUGCUAGUUCAGCGUGCAGCUCCAUAAGAACCCUCGGGUUAAUUCCAUCGGGACCCGUGACUUAUUAAUCUUUAACUUUUUUAAUCGGUCACAGACUACCUCCUCACAUUCAUAAGCAUUUAGCAGUAGGACAUUAUCUUUGUUGAGAUUUUGUGUUAGACCCAGUAAAUACCGUUGAAAAAAUCUUGUUUAGUUUGUUUGUAUGUCAUUAUCAUUUUUGAUUAAGACUCCCAUCUUGUCCUUUAAAGGGACUAUACUCUCCUUCUUUAGUCUCUUGCUGUUCAUGUAAUUAAACAUUUUUUGGGGAUUCGCUUUGCUUUCUUUUGCUACUAGUUUUUCACUUUCUACUUUAGCCGCUCUUAUUCCUUUUUUGCAUAUUUUGUUACAGUCCUUAU